UAAAAAACCCAACACUUGCGUGCUUUAUGUCGGUUUCAGAGCUACAGGGUUAGGUCAUGGUUGGCCACGUGAUUUUAAGCAGCUCAACCAGGAAUCGCGCUGGUAAACAGGCCAGCGUGUGUUCUUCUACACUUCAGAGUAACUGUUCUCAUUUUGGCCCGUAGGCCAGUUUCUGCUCCAGCAUUUAACUUCCACCCAGCAUGGAUGAAAACACUUUGAAGCUGCUAGUGAAGCUCACUCAGGACGGACAGUUAGCCGCGCUGGAGAAACACAUAACAUUAGGCGGCUCGACUGCGGCGCAAACUGUCAGCACCAAACACUUCGGCAAGUCGGGAGACACCUUGCUGCACUACGCCGCAAGGCAUGGACACCUGGACAUUGUAAAGUACCUGAUAAAGGGGGUUGGCUUGGAUGUAGAGGUGUACAACAACGACUACAAGAGGCCGCUGCACGAAGCUGCCUCCAUGAGCCACAAGGACUGCGUUAGCUACAUGCUCCAAGAAGGCGCCAAAGUGGACAGUCUGAAGAAGGCUGACUGGACUCCGCUGAUGAUGGCGUGCACUCGGAGGAACCUGGACGUGAUCCAGGAGCUGCUUUGCUACGGUGCCGACCCCGCACUGAGAAACAAGGACGGCUGGAACUCCUUCCACAUCGCCUGCAGAGAGGGAGACCCUGUGGUCAUACAGCACCUGCUCCUUGUUGCACCAGACGUCUGGAGGACGGAGAGCAGGACACGCAGGACGCCACUACACACUGCAGCAAUGCAUGGAUGUGAGGAGGUGGUUAAGAUCUUGCUGGACAGAUGUGGCUACACGCCUGACAGCACUGACAGCUGUGGAGUCACGCCUUUCAUGGACGCCAUCAGGAAUGGACACAUCUCUGUGGCCAGGCUUCUUUUAGAUGAGCACCAGGCAUCUGCAGCAGCUGCUGACAUACUCGGGGCUCAGCCAGUGCACCAGGUAGCCGUCACUGGCCAGGAUGAAGCUCUGCGGUUUCUGGUCAAGGACUUGAAUGUAGAGGUGAACCAGAGGGCGACCAGCAUCCAGCUCACCGCCCUGCAUUAUGCUGCCAAGGAGGGCCACACGUCCACUAUAAACACACUGGUGGAGCUGGGAGCGGAUCCUCAUGCCCGGGACAAAAAGGGAAGGACUGCCAGUUGAAAAUACAGAUCAUGUGACGAGGGGAAAUUUCACCAAACGAUCACAGAUGAUCUUUUCUGGCUUCACGUACACUAACAGUCAGGAUACUUGGUACACAGUGAUGGACAUCAGCUGGUUACGUGAACACUGCGUUUAUCAGUCUGGUGAUGAGGGAAGUUUUCAUGUUUGCAGCAUAUGACAAACAGAGACAGGUCUACAGGCAGCAGAGCAGCUGAUAUUAAAUGAUAAUAAUAGAAAAAUAUGAACAGUUUAAACACAUAAUACAAGCUGAAAGCAGCAGUGUGAGUGUGUGAGCUUUGACAUGUUGAACCACUUUAUUAAUAAAGUUUAGCCUGUUUGAUGUCAUGAAGGAAUAAAGGCAGAGUUCAGAGAAUUUCACGAUUCUUAUCGAUGCUCAUCAGGGAAGACUUUAAGAAACCUUAGACCUUCCUACUGUCCAUGCAUGGAGUUCUGUGGGAUCUUCCAGGAAUGGUGGUGCUAUAUUCCAGAGACCUGAUUGGUCAGUAGGCAGUAAUCUCGUACCUACUGAUCUCUUAUCUCAUACACAUCUUGCACUGGAGCAGGUUAUAGUGAUGCAGCAUCAAUUUCCACGCCAUGCACCGCCGCAGCAAGUGAACCAACAUGAAAAAUCCACCAUUUUUAGUUUACAGGCUUCUGCCCAUUAACCUUUGGUUGGACUCUCUUAAAAUAACUUGAAAGCUGCACAGUUAAUAUUGAGUGAAUGUCUGUGACGGGUUUACUUCUGUUUUUUGUCACUGACAUCAAACAAAGAAAGAGCUAUUCCUGUGUUUUGCAUACACCUGUGUACGUCCCUCGUUUGCAUUCAUUCAGUCUGAAAAAUGAACCUGCAGAGACUCCAGCUCAUCAGCACAGUGCUCUAUAGUGACCUGUAACAUUUUCAGUGUUACAGAAACGGCACCAAGCUUCUGAAAUGGGAGAGUCAUCUGUUGGCUCUCUUAGUUUGCCUUUUUAUUUUCAUAUGGUGGUAAUGUCACCACCAAAACUCAGUUGUUAAGGGAAGCAGUUUUUUACUGCUGUUUCAUUGUUACUGCUCAGCUCUUUCUCUUCUCUCAGCUCUUCACAUGGCGUGCAUUGGGCAGCACGCAGACGCAGCCAGGAUGCUCCUGCAGCUCGGCCUCAAAGAUUCUGAGGAUGCGUCCGGCACAACCGCCAGGCAGCUGGCCAGGAAACCCGACGUAGUGCAAGUGUUUGAAUGUG